AUGCGUGCCAGUCAUUCACCUCCAACGUCCGCGACCGCAGUUACAUUACACUCAUGCGCAGUAUGCAGCAAGUCAUUUGUUCAUUUGCACGGCCUUAAGAUCCACAGGCUGAAACACCACGAAACCAAAGAAGCUCUAUUCGAGUUGUGCGGAUCACAAUUUACCAACAACCAAAAUUUGCGGUCACACAAAUACAAAAUGCACACAUCAAACAUUUCAAUGCCUGUCACGUUACAGUUCGAGGGCAACCAACAAAACCCCACAAGUGCGCCACAUGCGGAAAAAAUAUACAAGCACGCCUUCAAUUUGAAGAGACACAAAACCAGGCACAGUUUAGAAGUGACACCACCUCCGACUUUGAAAAAUGUGUGCCAUAUAUGUGACAAGCAGUUCUUAUAUCCAGCCGAUCUGGCAAAACAUUGUCUUGUGCACUAUGGAGAACACAAGUUUUUCUGUAUUUUUUGCAAGAAAUCCUACGUUAACAAUUUCAGUUUCAGGCGCCACCUAUUUACGAAACAUGGUAUGCAAGAUAUCUUUUAA